UGAAUAUCAGAUUAUUCAACAAUUAGAAGCAUCUAGAGUCCGAGAAAAAAAAAAGAAAUAGGUCACUGAGAAAUUUUGAGAAGAAGAACAAUGAUGGUUCCAAAUACAAAAAUAUAAAGAGGAAAAUUGAAGAAGUCACAUCUACUUUCCAACAAAAACCAGUGGGAAACGAUCACACCCUUUGGAUUUUUAUAAACCAAUUCCAUUGAAAAUCAAAUUGUUUAUUAAGGGAAACAUCAGUUUUAGGAAAGAGUAGUAUAAAUAUUUGCAAUUCCUCUAUACAAAUUUUCAGGACUAUUCCGUGCAGCAAUCAUGAACAGCGGCACGAGCGCAAAUUUGUGGAGCCUAAAUACCAGAGCUUCUGAGUAUUCGGCAUCAUUAGCCGUCGCCCUAGGAAUCAUUACCCUAAACAAUACUUAUUUGAUCGAACGACUCAGAACUGUAGAUGCUUAUACGCUUCAUUCAGCAGCUGCAGUAUCAUCUAAUUUGGUAAAUCUAUUUGCCCUACCUAAAUCUAAUAAAAAUGUUCCAUUUUUUGACCAUCAUUUUUUUUUUUUGUAGCUUUAAAUAGAAAACCCUCUUAGAGAAACGCAGUGGGGUCCUGUAAUGGAACUUGCCGCACCCGGAGCUGUUCUAACUGAACCUAGUUGUUAUGCAUUGAGUCAAGGGAACUUUAUGCAGGUGCCUGUAAUGAUGAGGACGAAUAGUAACGAAGGUGCAACUUUUGGAUUUAUUGCUGAAAUUGAUAGGAAAUGAAUAAAUGUCGCUAAUACAUUUUCUUCUAGCAAUAUUGAGACCCGUCUUGAUAUACUACGACAUUGUCAUGCACAAUUGGGCCCCUCAUAGCAUGACGAAAGAUGUAAAUAAGAGGAUUUUUGUAGGGGGGGAAAUAGAAAACUUUUUUUUCAACGGACUUCUCAUCGCUAUCUCGGACGAAAGGUUUAUCGAGCUAAUGUCUGUAGAUCAAUUCGAUAGAGGUAUCAGGCAAGCUGCUACAUUGAUGUCCUUUUGGACAAAAGUAUAUUGUUACGUUUUUGGAUAUGAAAGCAAAACCGAAAAACUUUACAAGGGAGUUGCACAUGGGGAAGAUUUGGGUUAUUUUUUCACAUAUGCCAACGAAAGAAAAACUGAUCCAACUGACAUCAAAGUGUCCGAAAUUUUGGUGAAACUUUGGAGCAAUUUUGUUAAGAAAUGCGAUCCCACUCCACACUUCAAUAACACAAUUUGGCACCCCCUCAAUGCAACUGCCUCAAAUUUCAAUUACAUGUCGAUAAAUGAGUCAAUGGUACCGGCAGUUAAUCCUAAACAAAAGUCUUGGGAAUUUUAUAAGAACAAGUGGUUAGAAUAUGGCGACAACAAUCCUGACCUAAUGACUACUUAUUAA